GAAUUUCUAUGGUUAUCAUAAAGAAUAUGUAUUUUUAUGAAAUUUAUCACAACAUUAAACAAUAUAAAAAUAAAUAGAUAGAUGAAGGCUUAUGGGCAAUUCCUGUGUGAUAAGACAACAUACUUUGUAUUCUGAUAAUACGGUGAGAGAAUGUAGCGUAACGAACACCAAUUAUGGUUAUAAGAAAUGCGAUUCGCAGGCAUGCGUAAGAGGUUAUGAAAGAUAUCGUAAAUGCGUCAGCAAUCUUCCUGGAACAUCAAACGAUGUUGAUGGAUUCAAGGAAAAUCGUGAAAGAAUUAGUCAUCCCGAGAAAUGUCGACCAAUUUUAAUUUUCAUUCUUUCUUCGACAUGUCCGUUUAAAAGGAAGUCAUAAAAAUAACAAACAGUUGACUGUAUUUAAGAGGAUUUGUAAAAUGAUUCAUGGAGAUUAAUCAUCGUAGACGAGUGACAUUAUUCACGAUACCAAGUUUGGGAUGUUGGAAAUGAUUGUGGCAUGGUUCAAAGAUAACGGAGGAGUGCAGGAAAAGGAUAGCUGAGUGCACUAUGAGUGACGGUGCAAGUACACCGGUAUGUGGGAGCGACGGUAUUACGUAUUCGAGUCAGUGUCGGGUCAUCUCGAAGCAGUGUCAAGGCAUGUCUAUUCUUAUCAAACACACUGGCCCUUGUCCAGAGACACCAGCAUGCUUGUCCGCAAGAUUGACCGCCAGGCCGGGUGCACGACCAGUCUGUCGUCCGGAUGGCACUUACGCACCGGUGCAAUGUCACGAGGAAACCGGGUACUGUUGGUGCGUGACGCCGCAGGGCAGACCGCUGCCCGACACCUCGGUAAGAAACGAAAGACCAAGAUGUGUGAAAAAACCUGGUCCCAGAUCUACUGCUUCCACCAGGAGCGGCCAAAGGAGGCGCUCGCCGAACUGGAAACAACGAAGGCAGUACAGCAGUAAGCAUAGGAAUACGUGUGAUCGAGCAGAAAAGUCAAAGUUCAAUGGGAACCUGAUCGAAAAUUUCAAGAUCGAGUACAGGCGGACGAACAUCUCUGCGGAUGGUGACAAAAACGUGGAACGAGUACUGUCGUGGAAAUUCGUAACGUUAGACAAGAAUGGGGAUGGCUAUCUGGAUAGGGCAGAGUACAAGGAAUUAAGAAGGCUCGCAAAGAAGGCGGUAAGGCCGAAGAAAUGUGCUCGCACGUUUGCCCGCACGUGCGACCUAAAUCGGGAUUUGAAACUCUCCAGGCAAGAAUGGGGUGCCUGCCUUGCGAACGACUUCACUCUACGUUUGUUCUUGUCGCUGAACCCCGCAGACGAGCGCCCCGAGGUCCCUGAGGCCCAGAGGACCCGGGUUAUGGACCAAGUAUUGAAAGGCAAUCCUGCCCCAGUGCAUUCUCGACCAACAUUUGAUGAUCCAGUCGAUACGAAAGAAGAGAGUGAUGCAAACGAUUGUUUAACGGACAGGCGAUCCGUAUUAGAAGACGAGAGGCAACAUUCUCAGAAGAAAUUUUAUGUACCUGAAUGUACACCUGACGGAAGGUACCAUCGUGUGCAGUGUUAUUCAGGCUAUUGUUGGUGCGUGUAUCAAGAUACUGGCAAACCAAUACCUGGGACAUCUUCCAAAGAUCGUACUCCAAAUUGUAAUCCAGUGCCUACUCCUAGCAGACCCAUGAAAGGCUGUCCUGAACAGAAGAAACAGUUGUUUCUACGAGAUUUAAUGGAUUUAAUGCACAAAAAGAUGAAGGCUUCUGGCACGGAUUCAGAUGAAGCGACGGCUAAAUGGCAAGCAUCUAAAGAGGAACAAAUAGCCACUUGGCAUUUCGUCAUGCUUGAUAAGAAUAAAAAUAAGGUUCUAGAAAGAAAAGAAUGGAAAAGUUUUCGCACAAUGGUGGCAAAUAACAGACAGCUUCAAAGAUGCGGCAAGAGACUUCCAAGAUACUGUGAUAUCAACAACGAUAGGAAAAUUAGCAUGACAGAAUGGUUCAGUUGUCUAAAUGCUCAACGCCCUACAACACCUGAGAGUACAGAAAAAGCAUCAACAAGUAAACCGAAAAGAAUGGGCCCUAAUCCUCUGGAUCAGUUUCUUAAAAACGACGACGAUUAGAAGUGUGUGUGAUACGAAUGUGUGUUCGCCAUUUUAUUGAUACAUUAUAGUGAUCAUUCAUCUAACACAUGAAUUGUAACAACGGGACUUUCAAAAGAAAGCUAAUUACUGUGUUAAAAGAAUUUUAUUUGUAUUUUUAUAUCUGGUGAUAAAUACCACUCACGUCAUUUUAUUUUUAAUACGAAUCAUAUUUCUGUACCUCACAGAUAUUGAUAAUGCGAUAGUGUAUUUUAGCAUAAUAAUGAUAUAUGUAGUUGUAAGAAUAAAAAAUAACAAAGUAUUACGGGCAUACAAUCGUGUACAUAUUUUUUGAAUUUUUUUCUUGUUUAGGUGUUGUGUACUUUGGUGCUAAGCACCUUCUCGUAACAAAGAUAAUGCAGACAUAUGAAAUUGAAUGUACAAUUGCUGAAUGCGCUACUAAACUCGCUAAUUGUCUCGCUCUUUGUUGCAUUAGUCCUACACGCAAUUGUUUUAUGUAGGUUUACUUAGUUUUAGCUUCAUACUUUCUUAAGACUUCUUUCAUAACUAUAAACUAUAUAACGUUAUCGAGUCAAAGAUCAUUGUAAAGUUGAAAUUUAUUUACUGAAAUAAAUUC